AUGGAAUUAGAAGACGGUUUAGACGAUUUAUUAGCGAAUAUUAAUGAACCGACAUCACCGAAAAAAUUGAAAACUGAGGAUGAGACUUCAGCUCAACCAGGAAGUUCAAAACCUGCUGUAUCUAAGACACAUUGUGUUUUAGUUAAUCAAAAACAGCGUGGAAAUCCUUUGCUGAAAUUUAUAAAAAGUGUUCCUUGGGAGUAUGAUGAUAUUAUACCAGAUUAUGAAAUAGGAAAAACAAUAUCAAUUUUAUUCUUAUCAAUUAGAUAUCAUAACUUAAAUCCAGAAUAUUUAAAUAACAGAUUGAAAGAAUUAGGAAAAAAAUAUGAAUUAAGAGUUCUCCUGCUUCAGAUUGACUUAAAAGAUCCACAUGCAGCCCUGAAAAACUUAACAAGAAUAUGUCUUUUAACUGAUAUGACUCUUAUGUUGGCAUGGAGCCCUGAGGAAUCUGCAAAGAUUAUAGAAAACUAUAAAAUAUUUGAGAAUAAACCACCUGACAAGAUUAUGGAAAAAGUUGAAAAUGAUCCUCAUCAAAAGAUAAUCAAUGCUUUAUCAUCUAUUAAGCCAGUGAACAAGACUGAUGCAAUGACACUUAUCACUAAAUUUGGAAGUUUGGAAAAUAUAAUAAAAGCUAGUCAAAAUAAACUUGCAGAAUGUCCAGGUUUUGGUGAUACCAAGGCUAAGAAACUUUACAAAGCCCUUCAUGAGCCAUUUUUAAAAAAAGACAAUGUAGAUAAAAUUGUAAAUAAGGCUGAUGAAUUUUCAGAAAGCAUAAGUGUAGAAGAUGUGGAAAAAAUUGAAAGUGAAAUUCAAGAGGAAGAAAAAGGUGUG